ACAUCAAAUGACUGGCAACACUACGUCAUGCAAGAGCUGCACCUGCACAAUGCUGCCAUGCGCAGAGGCUCUCUCCACGCCCUCAGGCACUCACACAGCAGCAUAAAAGCCCGUCCUGCGCCUCACUCCCUCACACCCUUCUCCAGACGUCUCACUCCUCCAGGGACCCUCCACCCCACAGCCAUGUCCUGCUCCAACCUCUGCCGCCCCUGCGGACCCACCCCGCUGGCUAACAGCUGCAACGAGCCCUGUGUCAGGCAGUGCCAGGACUCCCAGGUCGUCAUCCAGCCUUCCACCGUGGUGGUCACCCUGCCGGGACCCAUCCUCAGCUCCUUCCCCCAGAACACCGCCGUCGGAUCCUCCUCAUCAGCUGCCGUGGGCAGCGAACUCAGCGCCCAGGGAGUGGCCAUCUCCUCCGGCGGCUUCGGCUUCGGAGGCCUGGGCUGCUUCAACGGCUGGAGAGCCCGCUACCCCUGCUAAGGGCCUGCGCCCACACCCUCACAGCAA